AGCAGCCUUCUGUGGUUCAACGCUGGACCAGGAGGGACAGAUAGAGAAAUGAUUUAAUAAAAGAAACUCAACAUUUAGCUUUAUCACCAAAGAACAAACAGAUAGGGAGGACAGAGAAGAAGACGUUUUUCCAUUUGGAUUACUUUUACAUUUUUGAGAAGUCUGAAGGGUAAAAAGCUUUGACGUAAAGGAGGCUGGAGUGAGGAAAACCAAAAUGAAACCAAGAAUCCUGCUUACCUGCCUGGCAGCUCUCUUCUGUUUGAGCUGCUGUCUGGCCUCAGAGCUGUCCUUCCUGCAGGAGCCCAGUGACGUGAUCGCUGUGAGGGAUCGCCCGCUCCUUCUGGACUGUCAAGUUCAGGGCGAGGAGCCCAUCAUGGUGACGUGGCGUAAGAAUGGGGUCCCUUUACCAACCAGCCCGCGGGUUCGGGUGCUGGCAAAUGGGACGCUGUUCAUCCAGAGCUUCCAGAAACGCAGAGACGGGAGUGAUGCGGAUAUGGGCGAGUACGACUGUGCCGCCCAGAACCGCUAUGGCAUGCUGGUCAGCCGCAAGGCCAAAGUCCUCCUGGCAUCUCUUCCAAAGUUUCACACACACCCAAACUCCAUGUCUGUGGAUGAGGGAAGCGUCGCUCGCUUCCAGUGUCAGAUCAACGGAGUACCUGAAGCCAACAUCACCUGGGAGAGAGACAGAGUGCCGCUCAACACCUCCGACAACAGGUACACACUCCUGCCCAUGGGCAUCCUCCAGGUGACAGGUGUGAGACAGAUAGACGCCGGAGUUUUCCGCUGUGUCGCCAACAACAUCGCCAACACUCGCUUUAGCCACGAGGCUGUGCUCAACAUCACAGGUGGAGCUCCCAGGAUCUACAAGGAGCCGGUGAUCCUGUCUGGGCCUCAGAAUCUGACCCUUACAGUCCACCAGACGGCCAUCUUGGAAUGCAUCGCCACAGGAAACCCCAGGCCCAUCGUUUCUUGGAGCAGGCUCGACGGACGCUCCAUCGGGGUGGAGGGGAUCCAGGUUCUGGGCACUGGGAACUUGAUGAUCUCAGAUGUUUCUCUGCAGCACUCAGGUGUUUAUGUGUGCGCUGCAAACCGACCGGGCACCAGAAUGAGACGUACGGCACUCGGACGACUCGUGGUACAAGCUCCUCCUGAGUUCCUGCAGUGGCCGCAGUCUGUUUCGAAACCAGCAGGGGGUAGCGCCGUCUUCACCUGCGUGGCUCAGGGCGUCCCCGAGCCGCACCUCAUCUGGCUGAAGAACGGGAAGGUGCUGAUGCCCGGACACAACGUCAAGCUGACCAACAACAACAGCACUCUGGCUCUGACCCGGAUCAGCUCAGAUGAUGAGGCCAUCUACCAGUGCAUCGCAGAGAACAGCGCCGGAACCAACCAGGCCAGCGCCCGCCUGGCUGUGGCUCAGGUUAAAGACCUGCCCGCGGCCCCCGAGGGCCUCACAGCCAGCGCCCUGUCCACAAAUGCCCUGCAGAUCACCUGGAUCGAGCCACCUGCUGAGGUCACUGACAGCAUAAUCGGAUACGUGCUGCACAUCCGAAAGAUCGGAGAGCCCGACAGUCUGGAGCUGCAGGAAGCCAUCAGUAAAGGAACCUUCCAGCAUGACGUAGCCAACCUGGAGCCAGCCACCACCUACUCCCUCUACCUGAAGGCCUACUCGCCUCUGGGAGCCAGCCAGCAGUCCAGCACCGUGGUGGCCACAACACUAGGGGGCGUGCCAACCACUCCAACCUUCUUCACUAAGAUUGUAAACGCAAGCGCUGUGCAGGUCCUUUGGGAGCUCCCCAGUAAGGCCGGCAAGGCUGAGGGCUUCAGACUGUCCUACCGUAGGGUCCCCCACGACAACUUCCAGGGGCCCAUCCAGCUGCCAUGUCACAUCAAUGCCCACACGGUCACUAAGCUGGAACCUGGAGCCGUGUAUGAAGUCAAACUGGUGGCCUAUAAUGGGAACGGGGAGAGCGACUGCACUAAGAGACUGGUGUCACUGGCAGAGGAAGGUGUGAGGGACCCAGUUGCUGGAGGGAACAGUCUGUGUCAGUGCAGGGACGGAGAGGCCUCUCUGGGCAGUAUCGUCAUUGGCAUCCACAUCGGCACCGCCUGCAUCAUCUUCUGUGUGCUCUUCCUCAUGUUUGGAUACAGGCGCAGGUAA